AUGGCAGAAGAACAACCUAUGAGGAGGACUCUGCUUGACUACUCGAUGCCAAAUACAAAUAAUUACCAAGGGAGCAUCGUGAGACCUCCUAUUCAAGCCAACAAUUUUGAAAUCAAGCCUGCACUAUUACAAGUCAUCCAGCAGAAUCAAUUUGGAGGUGCAGAUCCAGAGGAUCCUAAUUCUCAUCUGGAGAAUUUUUUGGCAAUUUGUGACACUUUGAAGAUUAAUGGAGUUUCAGAUGAUGCAAUCCGCUUGAGGCUUUUUCCUUUCUCAUUACGGGAUAAAGCUAAAAGUUGGCUUCAUACACAACCUCAAGGUAGUAUUUGUACAUGGGAAGAUAUGGCUACAAAAUUUGUAACCAAAUACUUUCCUCCAUCCAAGUCAGCGAGAGUGAGAAAUGAAAUCACUACUUUUGUGCAACAAGAAACUGAAUCGUUGCACGAGGCUUGGGAAAGGUACAAGGAGCUAUUGAGGAAAUGCCCACAUCAUGCUUUACCAGAUUGGUUGCAAGUCCAAAUAUUUUAUAAUGUUCUUGCACCAUCUUUUAAAGCAAUUCUGGAUGCAGCAAGUGGAGGAUCGUUUAAUUUGAAAACACCUGAGGAAGCUAUAGAGACUCUGGAGUUAAUGGCAAGUAAUACAAUGAAUAUGCAAUUUGACCGACAAAAGAAAAAAGCUGGAGUGUUGGAGGUUAAUACCUUAGAUGCUAUCCUUGCCCAAACCAAGUUGUUAACACAACAAAUUACUGAGUUGACGCAGAAGUUGGGGAAUAUGCAAGCAAAAGCAGUUAAUACAACGUCUCUACUAUGUGAUUUUUGUGGAGGAAUGCAUCAAAAUGGUGAGUGUCAAGUAACUCAACAAGAAGCGCAGGUGAAUGCAAUGGGCCAACAACAAAAUCAGUUUGCUAAUAAUUUUUCAAAUUGGAGGAGCCCACCAAAUAGACCUUGGAGUGGUUCGAAUCAAUCCAAUCAACCAAGGCCUCCUUAUCAAUAUCAAGCACAAUCUAGUAACCAAGGAAACAAGAUGUCUACUUUGGAGAGUGUUGUGGAGAAAUUAACGGUGCAAACCUCAACAUUUGUGGAGCAAACUUCUAAUUUCAUGAAUGAGACAAGGACUAAUCUCAAGAAUCAGGAAGCUUCAAUCCAGAAGUUGGAGAAUCAAAUUGGUCAACUUUCACGACAAAUUUCGGAGAGGCCUCCUGGAACAUUCCCCAAUGACAUCGUUCCAAACACAAAGAAGCAAUGUAAGGCAAUUCAAUUGAGGAGUGGGAGGUUGGUAGAAAAUGAGAAAAAGAGUGAUGUGAGUUGUGAGAAAAAUGCACGAGAAGAGGAGAUUGUAAAAGAGAGUGAAAAAAGUGAGCGGAAAAAAUGUGAGGAGAAGAGUGAGGGAGAAAAAAAUGAAGAGAGUGAAAAAGGAAAAAUGAGAGAAUAUGUUCCUACUAUUCCAUUCCCUCAAAGGUUGAAGAAGAAUGAUCAAGAUAAACAAUUUGCAAGAUUUCUUGAUGUCUUUAAGAAGCUCCACAUUAAUAUCCCAUUUGUGGAGGCAUUGGAGAAAAUGCCAAGCUAUGCUAGAUUAAGAAGGAUUUGUUGUCUAAGAAAAGGAAGCUUCAAGAAGAUGAAACCAUAA